GCUUGUCUACAGCCAGCUUCCAGCUCUGGAGGAUUUUUGUCUUGUUGUCUGCCAUGUCUGCGAUCAGGUGGUCACCCCCCAGGGCAUCCUCACACACUACGAGAAGCGCCACGGCUCCCCGGCCCCCUCCAGGACCCCCCUGGUCCCCAUGAAGCCAAAAGCACCUGCAGUGACCCCCACUGUGGUGCCAAGUCCCGGGGACACGCUGGCCUUCAGGGUCCCCAAAGAGUACCCUCACUCACGCUUCAGCAAGGCGCCUCUGGCUGUCUACCCACCGAAGGGGGCGCGGAACAAGACAUGUGUGUCCCUCCCGGUGGUGAGCCUGGAGAAGAUCCCCUGCCUCAGCUGGGGCGACCCUUCAUCACAUGUGCGCCUCACCUCCCCCUCCUCUUCCUCCCCCUCACACCUCCCUCCCCCGGCCUCCCAGCGGUCCAGCGAGAAGCUCACAAACGGUCGAGGGCCGCCCACCCCCCGCUCCACCCCCUCUCCAUCCUCCUCUGCGGACAGACGGCCCAGUCCGGCUCGCUCACCUCUGGACAGACGGCUGCCCUCGACCCCCUCUCCUUCCCCUCUGGACCGUAAACCCCCCCCCUCACCGGCCCCUUCCCAACGCUCUGCCGCUCUGCCUGUGACGUCGCUGUUGGAGAAGAAGCAGCAAAAUGGGACGAAGACUCCGUCCAGGUCGCAAAAAAGACUCUCAGGCAGAGUUUUUGAUCCUAACAAACACUGUGGAGUCCAGGAUCCUGAGACUAAGCGACCCUGCACCCGGUCUCUCACCUGCAAGACUCACUCCCUCACGCACCGCAGAGCCGUCUCAGGCCGAGGGAAACACUUUGACGUCCUGCUGGCCGAACACAAGGGGCGGGCCAAGCUGACCCAGGGAGCGAAGGAGAAGGACGCAUCGCAGGGAAGGAAGGAAGGAAGCCUCACGCCACAGGAGACCGCAUCUCCCAGCAGGCCGCACUGCACUAACGGACGCACGCUGUCCAUGCUGAAGCUGCGGCUGGCUAACGCACACAUACCCAGUUUCAGGAAGGUGCCUCCCGCUCCUGAGAGCCUCCUCUCCCUCUCCUCCUCCGGUACCUCCCCCGUCUCUUCACAGCCGUCUCCCUCCUCCGUCCCUCUUCCUCCCCUCUCCCACAUCCCUCCGUCUGCGUCCACAGUCGGAGCGCUCAACCUCCGAGUCGCUCCCGUCAGAGCCCGUAACGGCACGCAUAAAGCCCCCCCCCGCUCAUCCAAAGACACGGAGGACUCUGGAGCUAAGAGGAGGAAAAACGCCUCCUCCUUUUUCCCCACUGUGGAUAAUCUGAGGAGGAACGGCAGCAGCCAUCAUCCAACGUUACAAAGUUCAGGGGCGUCUGCAGCUGGGAGGAAGAAGGGACUCGGUCGGGGGGGGAUGUGGAGCGGAGGGGAGGACUGGCUCUCCAGAGACGACGGGUCGGAAAGCUACAACUCACACAGCAGUGGUGAACUAGGCAGUGUACCCGACUCCCCCAGCAGGGAGUCACCCUCCGCCCCCCCUCACCCUCCUGCUCCCCCCUCCGGACCCUUGCCUUAUGUCGGGGGAGCAGAGGGCAGGAAGAGGAGGAGUCCCAGCUCCUUCAAAGCAAAGGCCAGCAAGCUGAGCAGACCGGGGGGGAUGGAGAGCCUCUUUGGGAGCGACAGCGUGGGAAUUCUGGCCUCAGGGCCCGAGUCCCCGAGACAGGCCAACAUGCAUCACUGACAGAAACCUGCUCCCCGGACUGAACGUUGGGCAGCUGUGCAGACCACCACCGUUUGUGACCUUUGACCUCACCACUCUUCCCCUGACGGCACCAAUCAGACCGGUGAUGUCACCCCCAUUCAUCCAAUCACAGCUCAGUUCACUCACCGGGACGCAGCAGUGUUUGCCGGCCGUUCACUUUCACCUAUCCACCUUUUUUUAAAAACAUGGAUCACUCUGACAUGCAUUCAGAAAAAUACAGUGGAAUCCAAAAAUGGAAAGGGAAUUUUCAGACAGAAUUUACACACUGUACACGUUCUGGGGAGACUUUUUUUUCUUACUCAGCUGACAAGGUAAGUGAUUGUUUUUCGGGUUAAAGCUGAAGGACCUACUGACACGAUUACUGUAGGCCUCAGCGGUCAUCUAUGCCACCUUAACGCUUUUAUUUCCGCCACUCGAUACAUCGAACAUCUCUGUCAACAUCCCUGAAAUUCUCUCUCUUUCCUCACCCCCCUAUCUCCCCCAUUCCUCCCAGCAUUGCUGUGCUCAAAGUGCUCUUACUGCCCCUCUCUCCCUUCCUCCAUUAUCUCCACCACGGACCUGAACACAAGGGAAGGAAGCGACACUGUAUUUCAAUAUAGGAAGAGAUCUAGGAUGAGAUCCGAUUGAUUUCGUCUUCGUUCUCGUUUUGCAAGAAACACAAACUCCUGUCUGUGUGUCAGGACUUGCAUCCAAAAAAAGGAAUGAAGCCUACGGUGUUGGAAUCUAUUUUUUUUUUGUACAAUAAUUUAUCGUUCUUAAGUUAUGUUUGUUUUCUAACUCGCCCUCGAGGUGCCGAGCUACGGGAAAAACAAAGAAUAAUUUCUAUGGCAUUUUGAAGAAAUGUUGAAAGUAUUAUGAUAGUUCAUAUUGUGGAAAAUGUGUACAUAUCUGUUUAUUAUUUUUAUAUUUAUUAAUUAUCGUCCCCUUUUACAGAAUAUGAGCCAUACAAAUGUAACCGGCUGUGUCUGACUCUGCGUUGUGUUGUGUAGAAAGACGACGACCCAGACGUGUAGCUUCAUUCAGGAUGUACAUUUAUUUUCACUCCUGACGAAACAGCGACAGAAAGAAAACAUUUCUCCAGUCAGUACUCUCUUUAACGUGCCCCUGUGAGCGGGCAGUUGAAGCCUCCUGCACGUCCACAGACACAUCCCAGGAGACUCCGGACAUGUUUUAGAUUCACCUUUUUAAGGUUUUAAAUGAAAACUGUGUUUACAGCUGAACACCCACCGACCAUUAC